AUGUCCAACUCCAGAUUGCUCUACUCUUCAGAGGGUGACAGUGAUGAGGAAUUCACUCUAAACCCUGUAUCAGAAAGUUCGCGGCAUCAACAACAAGAUAGCCAUCAUUUGAACCAAAGUCAGCAACAAGAUUACCAACGACCGCAGCGUCAUUAUCGAUAUUAUGGUGAAGAAGAGGAGGAGGAGGAAGAUGACGAUAUGUUGGAAGCGCCCAAUUCACUGCUAGUCGAUCCUUCUCAGCAGCAGCAACAGUCAAGACAGUCUACACUCCCUAUACCAACUACAACAUCUACUAGAGAAAGAGUGUCGACAUAUGAUAGGACCAUGUGGCGAUGGGCCAAUGUGGAGAAUAUGGACGAUUUCUUUACACGGGUAUACGAGUACUAUCAAGGCAAAGGGCUCUACUGUAUAUUAUUAGCUAGACUACUGAAUUUAUUAACACUGGCAUUUAUCAUCAUCUUUUCAACAUUUCUCAUCGGUUGCAUAAACUAUUCCGAAAUUACAUCACAUCACACAUUAGCAGAGGUUGUUGAGCCUCAAUGCUUGUCAAGAUUAUCAGCUACCAAGUUCCUGUUUCUUUCUAUAUUUAUUAUCUGGUGGUGCUGGCAGGCACUGAGAUUCAUUACUGAUCUGCCAAUGCUACGUGAAAUGCAUAAUUUUUACACUCACCUACUGCUGGUGCCCGAUCAAGACAUGCAGACUGUUUCAUGGCAAACGGUGCUCGACAGAAUCAUUGAUAUCAGAGAAACCAACCCAAACACAAAUGAUAUCCGGCUGACUGAGCAUGAUGUCGCUAGUAGAAUCAUGCGUCAAGAAAACUAUCUCAUUGCACUAUUCAACAAGGAUGUUCUCAAUAUCACCAUUCCGCUACCUUAUCUACGAGAUCGAUACAUUUUCACCAAGGAUCUUGAAUGGAACCUGUCUUUCUGUUUGCUGGGCUAUGUGUUUGAUUCGAGAGGGCAAAUGAAGAAGCGAUUUCUCAAGGAAAAAAACAAGCACGUGUUGGUGGCAGGGCUCAAGCGACGAUUCAUUUUUAUGGGCCUGCUAAACUUGAUAUUCGCUCCAUUCAUCUUUGGCUAUCUGCUGCUGCACUUCUUUUUCAGGUAUUUCGAAGAGUACCACAAGAAUCCAGGAGAGAUUGGUUCGAGAUCGUAUACGCCAUUUGCCAAAUGGAAGUUUCGUGAGUUCAACGAGUUGCCGCAUCUGUUCAAGAAUCGCAUCAGCCAGAGCUAUGAACACGCCAAUCUCUACAUCAACCAGUUUCCCAAGGAGAAGACUGUACUGAUAGCCAGAUUUGUCUCCUUUUUAGCUGGAUCCUUUGCUGGCGUUUUAGCACUAUUCACAUUAUUUGAUUCGGAAGCAUUGCUCAAUUUCGAAAUCACAUCCAAUGGCACCGUCUUAUUCUAUCUUGGUAUUACAGGUACUAUCUUUGCGGUUACACGUGGCAUGAUUCCUGAUGAGAAUCAAGUAUUCGAGCCUGAACGGUUGCUGCGACAAGUAGUAGAACACACGCACUAUCUACCAGCAGAAUGGAAGCACAAGCUGCACACGGAUCAGGUGCGCGCCGAGUUUUGCAAGCUGUUUGACUACAAGGUGGGCAUCUUUAUACAGGAGUUGACCAGUGUCGUGUUUGCGCCUCUUGUGCUCUGUUUGUCGUUGCCAAACAGUGCGGAUCAGAUUGUGGACUUCUUUAGAGAGUUUACAGUGCAUGUCAAUGGACUAGGUUAUGUGUGCAGCUUUGCUCAGUUCGAUUUUGAGCGACACGGCAAUGUGAAAUAUGGCGUGCAAGGUGCAACAGUGGACGAUGAGUACUAUUUGAGCAAACAAGGAAAAAUGGAAAAAAGUUUUCUCAACUUCAAGGCAAACAACCCCAAGUGGAUGCCUAAUGAUAUGGCUGGUUCAAUGUACUUGUCGAAAUUAGCAGACAUCAGUAAUCACAGACGUGGUGUUGUCAUCAACGAAGAUAGCCAGAGCGAGAGUGCAGCAUCCUCCUCUUACGACGCCAAGCCCAGUGUCAAGUUGAAUCAGUAUGGUAUACCCCAAGUGGUCCCUAGCAAUUUGGGUGAUUCAUUUGCUGCUACUCAGAGCCAGCCUUGGGCUACGGCACACCAUGAUACCGAUGGAGAGGAUGAAGAUGAUGAUGAUUUGGAACAGCCACCGAGGGAGGGAAUGAUUGGUUUAUUGAAUCAGUUUUAUGAUCUGAACAACAACCCCACUGUUUGA